GCAGUGCGGAGAUCCGAACGGCAGGGGGCGCCUCGGGCCACGCUUUCUUUGUGUUCGGUGCUAUGACCUGGAGAGGAAGAGGAGGAUGAAAAUGCAGCGAAAACAAAGAGAACCCUGAAGGUUCUGGUUCUGAACCAGGGAGCAAACCAAGCUGCGGCAAGACUUGAGCAGCUGAACCUCCGAACUCUCCCAUGUCUGAGGAGGCUGCAGGAACCGAGCUGGGCCCAGAGGAGGAGGAGGAGGAGGAGGAAGAGGGAAGAGAAGAGGUUGCCAUGGAAACCCCCAGCGCUCCAGUUUACUGCCUGUGCAGAAAACCAGACAUCAACUGCUUCAUGAUAGGCUGUGACAGCUGCACGGAGUGGUUCCACGGUCAGUGUGUCGGUGUCUCAGAGAAAGCAGCCAAAGCCAUCAGAGUUUGGUUCUGUCCGUCCUGCAGAGACAAGGACUCGUCUUUGGAGAUCAAAUACCGUCAGAAGAAGAACAAAGAGACGGAGCCUGAGAAAGAUGACCGAACGGAUGGAGACAGAAGCUCCACCCCCCAGCCCAAAAUCGAUAGGAGGCGGGGUUCUCAGAUCAAACGCUCGGCCCGAAUGUGUGGAGAAUGCGAUGCCUGUCUGAGGACGGAGGACUGCGCUCAAUGCGAUUUCUGCAAAGACAUGAAGAAGUUUGGAGGUCCAAACAAGAUUCGGCAGAAAUGUCGCCUUCGACAGUGUGAGGUCCGAGCUCGGAAGAUGCUUCGAGUCCGAGACGAAGAGAUGAGUCGGAAUGGCAGCAGGGGGCGGGGCCUGUCUGCAAAGGGGGCGGGGCACUUUUCAGACGAUGGUGAUGAAGAAGAAGAGGAGGAGGAAGAAGGGUUCAGUGAGAGCGAGCUGGAACUAUAUGAGCAGUACAAAGCCGCUGGAUACGGAGACCUGGUGUGGCACAGUGAGGAGGAGGAGGAGGAGGACGCUCAGUCGGACUCUCUGAGGAAGAAGGCGGUAAAGGUGAAGCACGUGAAGAGACGAGACAAGAAGCCGGAGAAAAAGAAGUCCACUUCUGUUCCCAAAGAAGAGGCGAAACCGCGGCGUCACAAAGUGAAACAGCGCCAUAGGGAGAAAGUGCGACACAGCGAGCGAGCAGGGGAGGGCGGGACCAAAGAGAUGGGCAGCGCUCUGAGGCAGUGUCUGGGUCCGGGCUGCGUUGAACCAGCUAGGAGCAUUUCCAAGUACUGCUCUGAAGACUGCGGCAUGAAACUGGCCGCCAACCGGAUCUAUGAAAUCCUGCCCCAGAGGAUCCAGCAGUGGCAGCAGAGUCCCUGUGUUGCUGAGGAGAUGGGGCGGAGACAGCUGGAGCGAAUCAGGAAGGAGCAGCAGGCCGCCAGGCUCCGCCUCACGCUGAUGGAGAAGCGUUUUCAUGAACUAGAAGCCAUUAUCGGGAACGCCAAGCAGCAGCAGGUCCAACAUGAUGAGGAGGUCGCUGAAGGAGAUGGUGACGACACAGACCUGCAGAUCUUCUGUGUGUCCUGCAGCCACCCCAUCAACCCAAAGGUGGCGCUGCGACACAUGGAGAGGUGCUACGCUAAGUACGAGAGCCAAACUUCAUUUGGUUCCAUGUACCCAACUCGCAUCGAGGGGGCUACCCGGCUGUUCUGCGAUGUCUACAACCCUCAGAGUAAGACGUACUGUAAGCGGCUGCAGGUUCUGUGUCCAGAACAUUCCAGAGAUCCAAAGGUCCCAGCAGAUGAAGUGUGUGGAUGUCCUCUGGUCAAAGACGUCUUCGAGCCCACUGGAGAGUUCUGUCGGGUUUCCAAGAGGAAGUGCAACAAACAUUACUGCUGGGAGAAGCUGCGGCGGGCCGAGGUUGACCUGGAGAGAGUUCGAGUGUGGUACAAGCUGGAUGAGCUGUUUGAGCAGGAGAGGAACCUGAGGACAGCAAUGACUAACCGGGCCGGGUUGCUGGCUCUGAUGCUGCACCAAACCAUUCAGCACGACCCGAUCACCACCGACCUGCGUUCUGCCAAAGACAGGUAGACUGUUGGAUGGUGGGACCAUCUCCUGGUAUGGUUUUAGUAGUUGAAGGAUGCACAUAGGAAUGUUUUUAGCUGCGGAGUCAGAGCCAUAUUUGAUUGACCAAAGAACCAAAACAAUAAAACUGAUCUGGAUCGGGUGAAUCUUACCUUGUUGCAGUUUCUUUGCUUCACAUUUGUGAUCCAGAACCCCCAGGAAGACGGUCCAAUUACAGCAGCUUACCUCACAUUGUUGUGUUGAUCCAAGAAGAUGAUUCGAGGAAGUGGCCCUAACUGGUUCCAGAUGCUCGUUGGUCAGUGAACCGGUCUGAUGUGAACCAUUCCGAGAAACAAAAUGUGAUAAAACUGCAGCCACACAGAAGCAGCUUCAGCAUCUGGUGCCGAGAGAAAAAAGGUUCUGUUUUGGUUUAAUAUGUAACUUUGAUAAAAAAUAAGAACUGUCCAAUCACAGCUUAGAUCUAGCAGAUGUAAAGCUGAACGUUACGGGGACCUGCAGUCACUCUGUGUUUAUCUCAGUGUGAGUCUGAGCCACUCGGUAACCAUUACAGCAAUGUCUGAUGUUAAAACCAUUAUACAGACAUGGAAACAUUCAGCUGUUUUCUCUGUACCUAUUUAUACGGCCAGUUUAUUUGCAUGGCAGCAUUUAAAGUGGAACUAAAACCCAAAUCAACUCUUUUACAGAUAAACUGUAUAAACUGGGCCUUAAAGGUGCCAUAUUUUUCUUACUGUCCUAUUUUUAUAUUUUUCAUGUAAACUUGUUUAUUUCUGCAAUACUUGUCCUAAAACGUCUUAGUGCUGCCCUCUUUGGGCUGACCGGCAGUUACUGCAGUUGAAUUUUCCUAUUGGUUCAAAUGGUACAGCUUGGUCCAUGUCUACGUCACAGCCCCGUGUUCUGGUAUAAAACCAUCUCACUCAGACGGUGAGUGAGAUGGUUCCAAUUCCUGACCCCGUAGCGAGUCAGGAGUUGGAACUGCUCCACCACUGCCUCGGCAGCUCCAGUCAUCGCUAAGUUAGCGCCUUGAGCCAGCGGCUCGAAGUGAUGAGGCUCAGACCCACUGGGCUCCAUAAAGCCUCUCUUAACCUCCGAUGAGGAAGAGGGUGAAAAGUCCUCCACCUCAAAAGAUCUGUCUGUGGUGAAACUACCAGCAUCACUCUGUUAACUCUCUAUGUUUCAAGAUACCAAAUUAAGCCAGCUGCCAUUUUCCCUCGUCCUCCUGACCACACCCCGCUUAACCCCCUCCACUCAUCCCCACUCUUGGCGCCGCCCACUUUGGUGGCAUUUUUCUAAAUUUGUCUUGGGUCGGACUUAUUCUUUUGUAAGGGGUUUAGUUCCACUUCAAAUACAGGAACAGAGAUAAAAACGCCAAAUACAUCAGAAACCUGAAAUACACAUUAGAAGCGUGACACAUCACAUGACAAGAAAGGAACAAUACAAUAAAAUGCUGAUAAAAUGAUCGGUUUAUCAGGUGUUUAUGGUAAAACAUGUUUUCAGGCCUAAUUUAAAGGAGCCAGCAGUUUCUGCACAGCUCAGGUUUUCAGGCUGUGGGUUCCAGAGCUGAGGAGCAUUACGCUAAAUGUUGUAGUUUCUUCAGCAUUUUAUUGAACAGGAAACAGAGUUCUGUGGUUUUGGUUCCUUGGUGUGGUUCUGGUCUGAGAUCCACUGACUCUGUUGGUGCUGAAACAUUCUGCUCAUAUUACCUAAACUUUAACGAACCACAUUACCCACAAUCCUCAGCCCGAUCAGAUUCAGCAGGUGCUGUUGCUGUGGUAACACAAACACCUAUGAAACAGUACAAGCUGAGAAGGAGAAUAAUACAUCAGAACAUAUCAGUUUUUCAAAAUAAGAUUUGUUUUACUCAAACCCAGCCACAAAAGUCCAAACUGCCACCUGAUUGGCUGAUUCCUUCAGCGUGAACACUCCAGCAGCCAAUCAGAAAGCUCCAUUUGUGAUUCAAAGGUUUUGUGUGAUGAUGUUUGUUUAUUCUUUGUUCUGCGCCGUCUUCUGCUGUUUAUAUCUAACAGGAAGUGAGACGUGGAAUCCUAAAUAGACUCUGUGUUCUUAUUGAUCCUGAUGUCAUGUUAAAUAAAUCUGAUCAUGUUUCAUUA